CAUCGACAAAACCAAACAAUUAUUAUAGCAAACUAAGCGCAACGGAGAUUCAAGUUUGUAUCCCCCCCCCCCCAAUUUCUAUUGGAGAAAUGGAUGGCAAUCAAUCUUCAAUAACACCCAAACCCCCACAAAUCUCUGAAAUGUUUCAGAAAUUUGCCUUGGUUUUCAAGACCAAAACUUUUGACUUCUUCGCCGACAACCACGAUAAAACCCGGCUGUCUGAAUCCGACGGCUUUUCCCUCCUCGACUCUAUGGAAGACUUCAUCGCCGACCAGAAAGUCGUCGUCAUCAAGCCCGACCCCCCUCCGAAUUCUUCUUCAUCUUCCUCGAUUGGUAACAGUUUCCAGAGCAUAACCAUCGAUACCCGGAUAGCCAAUUCGCUGGUUUCUUCGGUUUUUGAUGCUGUUUCUUCCUUUGAAGCUUCCUAUCUUCAGUUACAGAUUUCGCACGUACCGUUCGAGGAGGAAGGUGUGAAAUCCGCUGAUAGAGCUUUGGUUUCUCAUCUUCAAAGGUUGUCUGAUUUGAAGCGGUUCUAUAGGGAAAUUCGGAAGAAUCCUCAUUUUGAAGCUGGGUUAUCUCUCGGCUCAUGCUUGGAAGCUCAAGUGCAAGAGAAUCAAAGCAAGUUGAGAGCUUUGGAAACAGUUUCAAACCGUUUGCAAGAAGAGAUUGAUGAAAAGGACAAUCAAGUCUCGUCUCUGAGGAAGAAAUUAGCUGAGAUUCAAUGGGCCAACACAAAAUUGUUAAGAAAAUUGUCUGGUAAUUUGAGUUCAGCUUGUGAUGUUCUAUUAACGGUUAGGGUCUUUGAAUCUGUUUUGCAUGAGGCUUGUAGAGCAACACAUAAGUUUAGUAAGAUUUUGAUUGGUUUGAUGGGAAAAGCUGGCUGGGAGCUUGAUUUGGUGGCCAAUUCGGUUUACCCUGAUAUUGAUUACGCAAAGAAAGGACACACUAGGUUUGCUUUUUUGUUCUACAUUUGUUUGGGAAUGUUUCGGGGUUUCGAUAUUGAAGGGUUUGGUUUGAGUGAGAAUGAACGUCUGUGUAAUGGGGAUAAUGCUACUUUCCCAUUGAAGCAAUUACUGGAGCAUGUAUCUAGCAACCCCAUGGAGUUGCUAAGUAGGGACCAGAGCUGUGAAUACUCAAGAUUUUGCGAGAAGAAGUAUCAAGAGCUUAUCCAUCCCACCAUGGAGUCGUCGAUAUUUAGCAAUCUGGAUAAAAACGAAGCUGUUCUGAAUUCAUGGCGGUCAUUGAGCAUAUUCUACGAGUCAUUUGUUAGCAUGGCUAGUUCAAUAUGGACACUUCAUAAGCUGGCCUUUUCAUUUGAUCCAGUGGUUGAGAUAUUUCGAGUCGAAAGAAGAGUUGAUUUCUCAAUGGUGUGCAUGGAAGAUGUCACCAAGAGGUAUAACUCGCCUGGCCAACCUAGGGUGAAAGUGGGGUUCACUGUGAUUCCAGGGUUUAAAAUUGGGAGGACUGUGGUUCAGUCUCUGGUUUAUUUAAAUGGGUUGAAAUGUACGGUGUAGUGGCUCGAAUAUUGCACCAUGUAGAGAGUUAAGUUACAAUAAAUCUUCUUCUUUCUGAAGUGGAUUUUGGUUUGGCUGCAAUCCUCGAAAGGGCGAGAUUUUAGCCUUGUAGGUAAACCAUGAUCCUCCAGAAGAUGACUAAACACCUGAAAGAAACUGGAGUCUUCAC